CAGGUUUGGACUUUUAAAAACCCAUGUCACAGUGACCAGCCCUAUCUACUGAUGUGACCUUGUGGCCUACCCCACUUCUUCCAGCCCAGCCACGGUGAUUUUUUGCCAGGAGUGGAGUGGUCUUGUCGCUCGUCAAUGCCACCCCUGGCAGGACUCAAGGAACAGUGGUGGCCAUGCCUCCCCCCGCCCCAGCCACCCCUUCGCCCCCGUGCUAACCUGCAUGGUGUGGGUAUCCUGGGGACCCUGGAGGACUGACAGACCUUGCUUCACACCUCCAAGAACAACACCUCCAAGAUGUCGCUUGAGUGGCUGGCGGCCUGGAGCUGGUCACUGGAUGGCCUGAGGGACUGCAUCGCUACGGGCAUCCAGUCUGUGCGGGACUGUGACACCACCGCCGUGGUAACCGUGGCCUGCCUGCUGGUCCUGUUCGUGUGGUACUGCUACCACGUGGGCAGGGAGCAGCCCCGGCCCUACGUCUCCGUCAACUCCCUCAUGCCGGGCGCAGACGCCAACGGGCUGCAGAACGGGUACGUGUACUGCCAGUCGCCCGAGUGCGUGCGCUGUACCCACAACGAGGGCCUCAACCAAAAGCUGUACCACAACCUGCAGGAGUACGCCAAGCGCUACUCCUGGUCCGGCAUGGGCCGUAUCCACAAAGGCAUCCGGGAGCAGGGCCGCUACCUCAGCAGCCGGCCCUCCAUCCAGAAGCCCGAGGUCUUCUUCCUGCCCGACCUCCCCACCACGCCGUAUUUCUCCCGGGACGCCCAGAAACAUGACGUGGAGCUCCUGGAGCGGAACUUCCAGACCAUCCUGUGCGAGUUCGAGGCCCUCUACAAAGCCUUCUCAAACUGCAGCCUGCCACAGGGGUGGAAAGUGAACAGCACCCCCAGUGGGGAGUGGUUCACCUUUCACUUGGUCAGUCAAGGGGUUUGCGUCCCCAGGAACUGCAGGAAGUGCCCACGGACGUACCGCUUGCUGGGAACCCUUCGGACCUGUAUUGGGAACAAUGUUUUUGGGAACGCGUGCAUCUCUGUGCUAAGUCCCGGGACCGUGAUAACGGAGCACUAUGGACCCACCAACAUCCGCAUACGAUGCCACUUAGGUCUGAAGACACCAAGCGGCUGCGAGCUGGUGGUGGGGGGCGAGCCACAGUGCUGGGCAGAAGGCCGCUGCCUCCUCUUUGAUGACUCUUUCCUGCACACGGCGUUCCAUGAAGGCUCGGCGGAGGACGGUCCCCGGGUGGUUUUCAUGGUGGAUCUUUGGCACCCAAACGUGGCAGCGGCCGAACGGCAGGCCCUUGACUUCAUCUUUGCCCCGGGACGAUGAGAACGUGGGCCCUGCUGGAGUC